AUGGGGAGUGGUAAAAGUAAAGCAAAUCUGGGUACUAUUAAAAAGAACGAAACAACAGUUUCAGAAGGUGUUGAUAUAAUGUUCGAUGAAGAUCUAUUUUUAUUAUUACCUGAUGAAAAAGGCCAUUUUACUCGUGAACAAUGUUCUGAUUAUACCAAGCAAGAAAUGGAUAAUGUAUUUCAGAAAGAUCCUUGCAUCGUUAACAAAUAUAAAUAUGAAUGUUACAAAGUUCCCACCCCUCCAGCAGAAAUUGAAGAAGAUGAUGAUGGAUUAAGUGGUGGUGCUAUUGCUGGCAUUGUUAUUGGUGUUAUAGCUGCAGUUGUAAUUAUUGCAGUUCUUAUUUGGUUCUUCGUUAUUAGAAAGAAAUCUUCAUCAUCAGAUCAACCAGAACCCUAA